AUGGCAACUCGGCGGGCGGCGGGCGUGCUCCUUGCCUCCCCAACUCGAUUAGUUCAAGCUCCAAGACCUUCAAUAUCGAGAUACGCAGCAUCACCAAACCAGGCCAGAACAAUCUUUGAUUCACUGCUCAGUUCAGCCCUUGGGCCCUGUGAGCCUCGGUCGAUGAGCCAUACCAAGGUGUUGCCGUAUUCAUCCGCGGCAGUCUUCAAAGCUGUGUCUGAUGUUGCAGGCUACCCUAAUUUCCUGCCGUUCACAAUUUCCUCAAAUGUGAAAUCACGAGAUCCGGCAGGCUAUCCCACUCGAGCGAGCCUCAAGGUCGGCUACGCCAAGCUGGGGGUGGAGGAGAACUGGGAGAGUAUCGUGCACUGCGAUCCGGCCAAUGGAAUCAUCGAGGCGAAAAGCAGCGAAGAGCACAGCAACGGCCUCUUCGAAGCACUGUCUACGAAAUGGCAGAUUGUGCCUUCAAAGGCGGCGGGUGCAAGCACUGCUGUCAAGCUGGACGUGGUUGUCAAGUUCCGAAACCCGGUUUACGAUCAAAUGUUUGCUCAAGUGGAGGGCAAGGUCGCGAGCACCAUGAUCUCUGCUUUUGAGAAGCGGGUGGAAGAGCUUGAUCAGAAGCAAAGUGUCACACGGUAA